AUGAUGAUUGAUAGGAAGAAAGUUGCUUUAUUUUCCGCUGCGGCAGCUAUAAGGUUAAUCCUGUUUACCGCGUUUGAUGGUCUCCCGGAUCUGCUCUCAGCACGAGUUGAGAUAUCAACUCCUGUCACCAGCUUUAAGAGAUUGCAAGAAGGAUUAUUCCUUUACAGACAUCAUGUGUCUCCAUAUGAUGGGGGAGUGUACCAUCAAGCGCCACUACUUCUGCCGUUAUUGUCUAUCCUCCCAGAUCCGACGACAUAUCCUAUUUUCACCUAUAUCCUAUACAUAAUUGUGGAUUUAUGGAGCGCAAAUGCAUUAUCUAAGAUUUCUAGUUCAGGAGAAGCUGUCUCCUCGAAACUAUUCACCUCACCUAGGAAAGAGAAAAGAUGGAGUAGCCUAGCUAUUACAGCCGCGUUUCUAUUCAACCCUUUCACUGUAGCGACUUGUGUAGGCCGACCCUCCAGUGUUUUUACAACCUGUGCUAUUUUAAUAGCUAUAGCAAAGGCGGUUGCAGGUGCAUCUUUCAGUUCUAUGUUCGCCAUUUCAGUCGCGGCUUAUCUUUCUAUGUACCCAAUACUUCUUCUCCCACCACUAGUGAUACUUUGCUACGACCGUCGACCUUCUUUCAAACUGUCUGAAUCUUUUCUAGCUUUCGCCUCUGGAAACACUCUAGCCGUCGCUGGCAUACUGUACACUUUACUCUAUAUGUCAUCAAUUAUCACAGGAUCAUGGAAAUUUAUGGAAUCAACGUAUGGUGUACAGCUAUUAUUGCCAGACCUAACACCAAAUAUCGGUCUUUGGUGGUACUUUUUUAUCGAAAUGUUUGACUCUUUUCGUAAUUUUUUUCUCGGUGUUUUCUGGAUUCAUUUGUCGUCCUAUGUGCCUGGGCUGACUAUACGACUCCGCCGCCAACCAUUAUUCGUUUUAACCACUCUCCUCGGAAUAUUUGCGAUCUUUAAACCCUACCCAUCUAUUUCUGACACUUCGCUAUUUCUUGCAAUGUUACCUCUCUACAGACAUGUUUUUCCACUUAUGCGAUAUACUUUCCUGGGCUUCUCUACUAUCCUAUACGCAACUCUUUUAGGUCCAUCUUUCUACUAUCUAUGGAUAUAUGCUGGUAGUGGUAACGCAAACUUCUUCUACGCGAUUACAUUAGUCUGGGGCUUGGGCUUAAGUAUACUUGUCGCCGAUUCACUUUUUGCUGUCUUAAGAGAUGAAUGGGAAGUAGAACGGCCGGAAAUGCGAGGAAAAGAAAUUCGCCAGAUUUAA